AGCGGAAACUGCUGCUUCUCAUUGUGAUUCCGCUUUGUUGACAUGCUGCAGGUUGAGCCGUCUCUCUCCAGCUGGUCCACAGCAUGUCUGACGGACGCGAUGCGGAUCUGAGCGGCGGUUUGGAGGAUGUGCCUGUUUUAUGCAAAGCUCUGACGCCUCCGACCUUUCAGUAUUCCCCGGAUAACGUUCAGGGACCGGGAUGCUCCGUUGACCCAGGAGAAGUCGCCCUUCCUGGAUGCCCGUGUCUGUCGAGCUCCUGCCGCGCCGACAGCUGCUCCUGCCUCCAGACGUACGGUCAGGCCUACGAGAGCACGGGCCGGCUGCUGAACCGCGACGGGCCCGAGCCCGGUUACUCUUCCCCCGUGUUUGAGUGCAACGCCCUUUGCUCGUGCGGCGACGCCUGCUCCAACCGCGUGGUGCAGAGAGGGCUCCAGCUGCGGCUGGAGGUCUGCCGCACCACGAGCAAGGGCUGGGGCGUUCGAGCGCUGGAGGGAAUCCCGCGCGGGACGUUUGUGUGCGAGUACGCGGGCGAGGUGAUCAGUUUCGCAGAGGCCAGACGCAGACAGCUCAACCAGAGAGCCGACGAGAACAAUUACAUCAUCGCCGUCAGGGAGCACGCGGGAACGGGCUCCAUCACCGAGACGUUCGUGGACCCCGCUCAGGUGGGGAACGUGGGCCGCUUUCUCAACCACUCCUGCUCACCCAACCUGUUCAUGCUGCCGGUGCGCGUUCACUCCGCGAUUCCCAGGCUGGCGCUGUUCGCCGGAAGGGACAUCGACGCGCAAGAGGAGCUGACGUUCGACUACUCGGGAGGAUGCGGCGCCCAACGGCCAGCGGAGGCGCUCUCCGCGGGGGGACUUCAGAGGAAGCCGUGCCACUGCGGCGCCGUCAACUGCACACGCCUCCUUCCGCUGGAUUUAUCUAUUCUCAGCUGAAAUCAACUUAGCUGUAAAAGACGCAGGCGAUAGACGUAUUGGCACAAGUCUGAGUUUCCUUGAACCCGCGGUCAGCUCAGCAGC